AUGUCUGUCCACGCGGAUCCUCCGCCAUCUAUCGUCUCGGAACCGCAUGGCAUCAACUAUGCUACCUCGAACCAACUGGGCAAGGGCGGCUUUGCCAUCUGCUUCAAGGCUGAGCGUCUCGAGCGCGACCAGCCCACUGGCCAUGUCGUUGCUCUCAAGAUUGUCAAGUCCAGGAUGGAGCCCGCGAAGCUAGCUCAGAAGUUCAUCACCGAAUUGCAAAUCCAUUCCAAACUGUCCCACCCUAACAUUGUAGCCUUCCACCGCGCUUUCUCCUUUGGCGAGAGCACCUACGUCGUCCUAGAACUGUGCUCCAGUGGCUCGCUUGCAGACAUGCUCAAGCGUCGCAAAAACAUCACUAUGCCCGAAAUCCGUCGCUUCAUCAUCCAAGUCUCCGGCGCCGUCAAAUACCUACAUGCCCGCAACAUUGUCCACCGCGACCUCAAGACCGGAAAUCUGUUCCUCGACGAGAAGAUGAACAUCAAGGUUGGCGACUUUGGCCUCGCUGCCCUGCUUGUCAGUGGAAAGGAUAUGGACGCCAAGCGACGAACCACCAUGUGUGGCACCCCCAACUACCUGGCCCCUGAGAUCCUGGAGAAGGGCAAAGGCCACAGCGAGAAGGUUGAUCUGUGGGCUAUUGGCAUCAUCGCAUACACUCUUGCCGUCGGAAGGGCUCCGUUCCACGCAUCAUCCAAGGAAGAAAUUUACAAGAAGCUAAAAGCAGGCGACUAUUCAUGGCCCGAGUUAUCAUCAAUCACAAACGAAAUUUCUGCAGACCUACGGGAUUUGGUUUCGUCUCUACUGGUCUCGGAGGAACUGCGACCUUCUCCGGAUCAGAUCGUAUCACAUCCUUUCUUCAAAAUCGCCUUUGUUCCCAGACAGAUGAGCCGCGCCCAAGUCAGCAAAGUCCCCUCGUGGCCUAACGUACAACCGCCGAGUCCAGAAGUGCUUCAGAGAGGCUACAGCGAAUCCUGGUGGUAUGUUUGCAAGGAAUCUGGAGUUGGUGAGUAUGCACCAGGCAAAUGCUUCCAGCUCAAUGCAGGCAAGAAGAUCCGCAGCAUUGUCAGAGAUAUCGAGCGAGAAGUUGCUGCAGGUCGCCAGCCUGUUAUCCCGAUUCCGUCAGACACGGUUUACACAUCCCCGAAUUGCAACAGCAUCGAUGCUUUCCAGCCCAUGAACGCAUUAUCAGAAAUUGCCGAGGAACGCGAACCCGACACCAGACAGCUCAAGGAGAUAUCCCAUAACGAGGUUCAAUCGGGCAAGGAAAACAGCGCAGACGAGAUCAAGAAGAAGAAAGAUGCUGAGAUGAUGCCUCCUCCUCCACGUGUCCGAAGAGCAGGCCCAAUCCGAAGGACACGCACGGUUCCAACAGAAGCAAACGACAAGGAAGAAAGCACUCCCGAGUCAACUCGCCAGUCAUCUCGACUGAACACUCUGAGCCAAACUAACACUUUGAGCCAAACUGCCUUCAGUGGAACGAACUUCCUCCCGUCAUCUUCACAACCCCAGAGUGGCGAGAUUAUUCCAUCCUCAAAACGAAGCGUGGAUGCCAGUUUGGCACGACGUCCUCGAAAGAACACUACGGAUCGGGAUAUUCCUGCUCUAGCAGAUGCGAUACGCGACGAUCUGGAGAUUGCGUCGUCUAGGACGUUAAACACUAGAAGCUCGCGAUCAAGGUCAAAACAGCCGAGUCAGGAAGUGGUCGAAAUAUUCGAUGAACAGGAGAACCUUGGUAGACCGGUCCUUCCACCGCCCCCAGUCAUGAGCGCAAAACUCCCGAUUCCAAGGAGAAAGAUCAUUGAGACGACUUCGACAUUCCCGGGAUCCGAUCCGACAGCAGUACUGGAGCGUCUGAAUGCAUUCAGAGAUAAUCUAGCAUCAGCUUUGGAGAGAAAACACCUCAUGCCUUCCAGGCGAGUUCCACAGCAACCAUCGAAAUCACUACCUUUUGUAAGCCGAUGGGUGGAUUACAGUAAGAAACACGGAGUAGGAUAUGUCCUGGACGAUGGCACAGUAGGAUGCGUCAUAAAUGGUUCUGCGGCCAGCGGUACGCCUGUGACCCACGUAGCAGUCAAGAACGGAGAAAGAUGGCUCGCUCGUAUAGGAAAACGCUUCGAGUAUCUGGAACGUGUUCCAUUCAGGAUAUUCGAGGACCAUGGAGCUGCUGGACUCGAAAAGCUGGAUCUCGGAAGCAGAGAUGAAAAGACGAGAGAAAGAUUGCGGAUGCUCCGUGUUCUUUGGGUGAAGUUUGGAAGAUAUAUGAGCCAAACGCUCAAUGCGACCGAGACAGCAGACGGUGCAGAUGACGAAUUGGAGACAGACUCUGAUUUGCUGUUCGUGCGAUUCUACCAGAGAUCAGGCAAUGUCGGCAUCUGGGGAUUCUCGGACGGCUGCGUACAGCUUCACUUCCCUGACCACACCAAAUUCGUUAUCUCGGCAGAUGGUCUGCAUACCUCUGCAACACUCGUGCCAGUGGAAGGAGUGCGUGCGAUCGAAGAGAAACACGAUUUGCCAGGGAAGCUGCUCAGAGACCGGCAGACCUUGGUUCAUUCAAUUCACGCACUGCUUUAUGGUUCACAGCCUGGGGGCCGUGGACAGAAGCUGUUCGCCGAGAUUGUCCAAGCCAACAUGGUCGAAGACAAAAUGCACUUGCUUCUUCAAGUACUAGAUCAAUGGAUCGAAGGCGGUGGUCUGGGUUGUACCGGUGUCGGAGACGAACGACUGCAGUGGCAGGGUUCUUGGGUCAACGAACACGCGCGCAAGAUCGACUGGGUGACAGUGGGCAGGCUUGGAGGCGACGAGGCCGUCACCAAGCGAGCUGGAAGAAAGAAGGACGCCGCCGCCGCACAGCCUGGAGCCAGUGGAGGGAAGCCUCAGGUCAAGAAGGCGGCCUUCGAGUCGACAAAGAAGAAGGAAGUCGGAGUUUCGGAUCUCACCCUUAUCAGCAAGAUUUCCAACGAGGCCAUCAACGACAACUUGAAGAAGCGAUUCGAGAAUGGCGAGAUCUAUACGUACAUUGGCCAUGUGCUGGUUUCCGUCAAUCCAUUCAGAGACUUGGGCAUCUACACCGACAAGGUGCUUGACAGCUACAAGGGAAAGAACCGAUUAGAAGUGCCUCCUCACGUCUUCGCCAUCGCCGAGUCCUCCUACUACAACAUGAACGCCUACAAAGAGAACCAAUGUAUCAUCAUUUCGGGAGAGUCAGGAGCCGGAAAGACCGAGGCGGCUAAGCGUAUCAUGCAAUACAUCGCCAACGUGUCUGGUGGCAGCAACUCGUCCAUUCAAGAGGUGAAAGACAUGGUCCUGGCCACAAAUCCUCUGCUCGAGUCCUUCGGAAACGCAAAGACGCUGCGCAACAACAACUCCUCGCGAUUUGGAAAGUACCUCGAGAUCCAGUUCAACGCUCAGGGUGAGCCGGUUGGUGCCAAUAUCACCAACUACCUACUGGAAAAGUCAAGAGUUGUUGGUCAGAUCACGAACGAGAGAAACUUCCAUAUCUUCUACCAGUUCACAAAGGCCUGUUCCGAGAACUACAGACAGACUUUCGGCAUUCAGCAACCUCAGUCUUAUGUCUACACUAGCGCAUCCAAGUGCUACGAUGUGCAGGGAAUUGAUGACCACGCCGAGUUCCAGGACACUUUGAAUGCUAUGAAGAUUAUUGGUCUGUCGCAAGCCGAGCAAGACGACAUCUUCCGCAUGCUUGCUGCAAUCCUCUGGCUCGGAAACUGCACAUUUACCGAGGACGACCAAGGAAAUGCCGCCAUCGCAGAUCAGUCUGUGGUUGACUUUGUCGCCUACCUCCUCGAGGUCGACUCAGCGCAUGUCAACAAGGCUUUGACCAUUAGAGUCAUGGAGACUAGCCGCGGUGGCCGUAGAGGAUCUGUUUAUGACGUUCCUCUCAACCCGGCGCAAGCGACCUCUGUCAGGGAUGCCCUGGCCAAGGGUAUUUACUACAAUCUUUUCGAUUGGAUUGUGCAAAGAGUCAACGUGUCACUCCGGGCUAAGGGUGUAGUUGCCCAGUCAGUCGGUAUUCUUGAUAUCUACGGAUUCGAGAUUUUCGAGCGCAACAGUUUCGAGCAGCUCUGUAUUAACUACGUCAACGAAAAGCUGCAGCAGAUUUUCAUUCAGCUGACUCUCAAGGCCGAGCAAGACGAGUAUGAGAGAGAGCAAAUUACAUGGACCCCGAUCAAGUACUUCGACAACAAGGUCGUGUGCGAGUUGAUCGAGGAAAAGAGACCUCCUGGCGUUUUUGCGGCACUGAAUGAUGCUUGUGCGACUGCCCACGCUGACCCUGCAGCUGCGGAUGGCUCUUUUGCUCAGAAAUUGAAUGCCCUGUCCUCAAAUCCCAACUUCGCGCCGAGACAAGGUCAGUUCGUCAUUAAGCAUUAUGCUGGUGAUGUGGCCUACGCUGUCGAGGGAAUGACCGACAAGAACAAGGAUCAGCUAUUGAAGGAUAUUCUUAACCUCUGUGGACAGAGUUCGAACAACUUCGUCCACACUCUGUUCCCUAACCAGGUUGACCAGGAUAACAAGCGACGUCCUCCUACUGCUGGUGAUAAGAUCAAAGCCUCUGCCAACGACCUGGUCUCUACAUUGAUGAAAGCUUCGCCUUCUUAUAUCCGCACAAUCAAGCCCAACGAGAACAAGUCGCCUACUGAAUACAACGUUGGAAACGUCAUGCAUCAAAUCAAGUACCUGGGUCUCCAGGAGAACGUCCGCAUCCGUCGUGCUGGUUUUGCCUACAGACAAACAUUCGACAAGUUCGUGGAACGUUUCUACCUGCUUUCGCCCAAGACGAGUUAUGCUGGAGACUACACCUGGACCGGCGACGCCAAGUCUGGUGUCAAGCAGAUUCUCAAAGACAGCAGUAUCCCUGUCGAAGAGUAUCAAAUGGGUGUCACAAAGGCAUUUAUCAAGACUCCCGAGACCCUGUUCGCGCUUGAGACCAUGCGCGAUAGGUAUUGGCACAACAUGGCUAUCAGAAUCCAGCGAGCUUGGCGCAACUAUCUCCGCUACAGAAUAGAGUGUGCAACACGUAUUCAACGCUUCUGGAGACGCAAGACGGGUGGUAUGGAGUUUAUACAACUGCGCGACCAAGGUCACCAAGUACUUGGAGGCCGCAAAGAGCGUAGACGUUACUCUCUGGUUGGUUACAGAAGAUUCAUGGGUGACUAUCUCGGCAUUGGAAACAAUGGUGGAUCUGGUGAGAUGAUCAGGAAGUCGAUCAACUUGCCCAGCUCUGACCAGGUGUUGUUCUCUUGCCGUUGCGAACUCCUCGUCUCCAAACUUGGACGUUCUAGCAAGCCGGAACCACGUUUCCUUAUCUUGACCAACAAGAGUGUGUACCUUGUCAAGCAAGCUAUUCUCAACAAGCAGCUGCAGAUCAUGGCUGAGCGCACCAUCGCUAUCGGUGCCAUCAAGUUCGUGAGCGCCUCUACGCUCAAGGACGAUUGGUUUGCAAUUGGUGCUGGAUCUCCCCAAGAGCCCGACCCGUUGGUGAAUUGCAUUUUCAAGACCGAGUUCUUCACCAUGUUGAAGCAGGCAUCGCGUGGCACAGUCGAUAUUCGCAUCGCCGAGGCGAUCAGCUACAACAAGAAGCCUGGUAAACUUGCAACUGUCAAGGUUGUCAAGGAUUCAACUGUUCCUCGCGAUGAUCUGUACAAGAGUGGUACUGUUCACACUGGACCCGGUGAGCCUCCUAACUCUGUAUCUAAGCCUACUCCGAAAGCCAAGUCCAUCCCUGGCAAACCCAUUACCAGCGGUAAGCUGCUCAGACCUGGAGGUCCUGGUGGCCAGCCGUCAAAAUUGGCCUCUCGGCCAGCACCUCAAUCACGACCCGUACCACAAGCUCGUGCUCUACCAAGCGGAAACCAAGUGACUAUACCAAGCAGCAACCAAGGGCUACCAUCAGGCCUACCCUCCUCGACACUUGUCAAUACUCCUGAAGCAGCUGCUGCCGCUGUACAAGCAGCCUUGGGCCACAAGCCAGUUCCCGCACCCGUAGCAGCACUGAAUGGUACCGGGCUUUCGCGAUCAGGCUCAGGGCGCGCUCCGCCUCCACCUCCACCACCUGCUGCAGCGGCGCCAAAAGAACCACAGUUCCGGGCGAUGUACGACUUUGCUGGUCAAACAAGUGGUGAACUCAGUCUCACAAAGGAUGAGAUUAUUCUGAUCACUCAAAAGGAAAACAAUGGAUGGUGGCUCGCAAAACGCAUGGACGGCUCAGCGUCAGGAUGGGCACCAUCAGCAUAUCUGGAAGAAGUGAUCGCGAAACCAGCGCCUCCACCUCCUCCGCCAGUGCAGGCACGCUCGAUGCCUCCAGCACCACCAAAGGCCAAUGGCGCUGUGGCAGGCAAAAAGAUGGCCCCACCGCCACCAGCAAAGCGACCGGCAGGGCGCAAACCAGCACCUCCUGCGCCAGGAGGUAGCGGCAGUGGCACAGACAGCGGCACAUCCACACCACCAACUGGUGGUCUAGCAGGAGGUUUGGCAGAAGCGCUGAGAGCACGAUCAAAGGCCAUGAGGCAGAAUGACGACGGGGAUUGGUAG